AUGAAGAGACAGCCAAGGGCCAGAUGUAAGGAACAGGAAACAGCGCUCAUACAUCCUCCAAGCUGUAAGGUGGUGGGAAAUGGUCAACGGGUAAAGAAACCGAAUAGCGUACCGUUCGUUCGAAUUUCAGAUGUUGGUGAGGAAACGAUCAUGGGCGAGGAAAGAAAGUGUGCAAAGAUAUCGGUCGAUCUACAAAAAGUGGUUAAGGAACAGCCACGGGCCAAAACACAAAUGGUCCAAGACGCCAACGAAGAGUUGCAAUCUUGUGGCUGCGAGAAAAAAUAUGUAGGCAUUGGAAGCAUUGUAUAA